GAGAGAGAGAGAAGAGGGGGGAGGGGCCAUUUUCAUUUUUCAAUUUAGAAGCAACGGGAAGGCUUUUCCAUUGGGCGGAGAUUUUUUGGGGGGCUCACAAUAGAGACGAAGAAAAUAGGCCCAACUUCAAGCAAUAGAUAAAUAGAUGGUUACUGCAAGAGAUGAGAAAUGGAAAGAAGGGAAAGAGAAACUUGUAUAAAGGCCUCUGAAUCUAAUCUAUUGCUUUUGCCUUUCUAAUCACUUCCAUCUGCAAAGGAAAGACUUUCGUAAACAACAAUAACAGAUCAUCAAGCACCCAAUCCCUUACAGAUCGAGAUUGAAUUUAUGAGGAUGGUUGCUGGGUGGAGAAGGGCGUUCUGCACAUCCAUUCCCAAAGACAGAGAGUCCAAGGUUUUAACAGAGAAGCAGCAGCAUUGCGACAACAAUACCACCAAUCAGAGUCCCAAAAUCAGCACCAAGUUUGCGUUUUUCUCCAACCCUUCCACCCCACGCUUGCAGCCUCAGCCGGUGACAAGCCCCACCCUCCGGUGCCGGACGACGGUGGCCGCUGCAACUACCACUUCCUCUGUUCCUAAUAGCCCAAAACUCCAAUGCAGUAAUGCUAAGACUCCGAAGGCAACACAGUCCCACGCUGCUUCAGCUCUCAAUCCCUCCUCACCCAAGUCACCCUCCAGUAUCUCGUUUCUCAGAGCCAGCUUACGAUUAUCCAGAAGUAGAUGUGGAAUCUGUGCACAGAGCGUGAAAACUGGGCAAGGAACAGCGAUUUUCACAGCAGAAUGCUCUCAUACCUUUCACUUUCCUUGCAUAGCCGCUCAUGUUAAAAAGCAACACAUCCAUAUCUGCCUCUGCAACGCAAAUUGGAAAGAACUGCCAGUGCUGGCUAUCUGCAACGACAGCACAAGAGAUAUCAAAACUCGGCCGUUAAAAGUCUACAACGAUGACGAGCCUCUAAUGUCUCCCACUUCCGUUGCUCGCUUCAAUCCGAUACCCGAGUCUGAUGAAAACGAAGAGGACCAGGAAGAAGAACCGAUGGAGUUCCAAGGAUUUAAUAUCACCCCAAUUGGUCCUCUUCUAUCGUCCCCCAGCAUUAGAACUCUCGAAGUGUGCUUGUUACCGGAGGCUGCCAUUGUGGCUGCAAAUAGAAGCUAUGAAACAUACGUAGUGGUGUUAAAGGUUAAAGCUCCACCAUCGAAGUCGGUCGCGCGUCGACCUCCAAUAGACCUGGUGACAGUACUGGACGUGGGGGGGACUAUGGCCGGGCAAAAGCUUCAGAUGAUGAAACGUUCGAUGCGAGUAGCGAUUUCGUCGCUUGGGUCCACUGAUCGCCUCUCAAUUAUCGCCUUCUCGUCGGGCUCCAAGAGGAUUUUACCAUUACGGAGAAUGACCAGUAGUGGCCAGCGAUCGGCGCGUCGGAUCGUGGACGCAUUAACCGUAAUUGAUCAAACUCGUGAAGAAGUUUCUGUGACGAACGAUGCUCUGAAAAAAGCCGCGAAAGUGAUCGAAGAUCGACGCGAGAAAAACCCUUUCGCCAGCGUCAUCCUCCUUUCGCACGGUCAGGGAGAGCGAUUCGUCACUGCGGCAUCCUCCGAUCAAAGGUCCUCCCUGAUCUCCUCGUCCCGCUUCUCUCACCUGGAAAUCCCAGUCCACUCCGUGAAAUUCCAAGACAGCGGCGCUUGUGGCCACGCGCAGCCCGAUGACACGCUUGCCAAGCGCAUGGGUGGUUUGCUCAGCGUAGUUGCUCAAGAUUUGAAGCUUCAAUUAGGAAUUGUGUCCCGCUCCGUCCCGGUGGAGAUCGCCGCCGUAUAUUCUCUAUCUGUUCGACCAACGGCUCUCGGGACGGGCAACGUCCGACUCGGUGACCUCCACGCGGAGGAAGAGAGAGAAUUGCUAGUGGAGCUGAAAGUGCCCGCCGCUUCCGCCCGGUCCCACCACGUUCUGUCCGUACGGUCCUCCUAUCGGGACCCAUCCACCGAAGAGAUAGUUCACUCCAAAGACCACGCGCUGAUCAUUCCUCGGCCACAUGCCGUUCGAUCAUCAGACCCAAAAAUCGAACGGUUGAGAAACCUCCACGUCACGGCUCGAGGUGUAGCCGAAUCUAGACGGCUCGCUGAACACAGUGAUCUGUCUGGAGCUCAUUACUUGCUCACAUCGGCUCGCGCGUUGCUGAUGCAGUCGAGCCCCAAAUCAGCCGGUGAGUACUUGCGCUUGUUGGAAGCCGAGCAAGCCGAACUUCAGCGGCGCAGGCAGCAGCAGAGCCAACGUCAGAGAGUGACGGCAAGGACUGAGGAGAAGGUUGAGCCGAAUACGCCGACAUCAGCUUGGAGAGCCGCUGAGAGACUGGCUAAAGUGGCCAUUAUGAGGAAGUCGUUGAACAGAGUCAGUGAUUUACACGGCUUCGAGAACGCCAGAUUUUAGCUUGUAAUUUUCAUUUUGUUGAAAAUAAUUUUGGAGUACAUAGACAAAAUUAUGAAUAGAAAAAAUAUUUUUUUUAAAUAACAAAAUACAAAAGUAACGUGGCCCAGUCCUGAGGCCCAUAAGACGACAAACAGUACCGGACGCCCAGGCCCUUUUCUGAAAAGGAAAAAGCCUGGGUGAGCCCCUAAAGGUGUUUUUAUUUUCUGAGUUUUGUCCUUCAGCUCCUUCCCUGUUUCAUAAUCUUCGAAAAUACCAAAACUUUUUCUUUUUUUUUUUAAGCAAAUAAUGAUAUGGAUUGAAAAGGGUAUGGAGAGUGAAUGAACAAGGAAAAAUGUGAGAAUAAUAAUAAAGGGACGUUUCUUUGUACUCAAUUCAAAGUAGGUAGUAGUGCAAGUGUCUUUGCUUGUUUUCACUCAGUGAUAGGGAUGUGCAAGUGAUCUGACGGCCUGGUAUGCCUGACUCUGCCCUAGCAUUCGAGCUAGACACUGUCUAGAGUCAAGUUCAGCUUUGUUUUGCUUGGUCCGAACAUAUCUAUUUUGUAGCUGGUUAGUGAAUAGGCCAUUGUAAUUGUAGGUGGUUAGAUUGAAAAUUGAUGAUUUAAAUUUUGUAGUUUUUAAAAUCAUAAAUUAAUGUAUCAUUAAAAUUUAAUUCGAAUGGUCCAUGCCAUCUCAAGAAAAAACAUGGUCUGGUUGGAGUGAGAACAAGACAAAGGAUAAUGCCAAGGUAUGUGGGUUUUAAGAAGUGAGGGGAAAAAAGGAGAUGGUUUUCCCAAGUGAAUACAAUACACGUGAGAUUUUCUGACACUUAUCUGCAUCCCCUAUCAUCAUCACUAAAAGAAAACCUUUUUCCUUCUCUCAGUCUGGUUUUUUGCUUAGUGCUUUCCAUGGUGCCAAA